UGCAGGUUUCCUGGUCAGUCCGUCUGUUGCUGGAGUCGGAGUCGCGUCUCUGUGGAUAAUCUCAUCGAUCUGUUCUUCUGAUUGCAUCGAUAUGAAGGCGCUAAUAGGGCUGCUGCUGUUGGUCUUUGGUCACGAUGUGUCCUCGGUGAUUCACUCACUGCAGUUUUUCUCCACGGCGUCGUCUGGACUCUCAACCUUCCCAGAGUAUGUGACUGUUCAGAUGUUUGAUGAGGUUCAGGUUGAGUACUAUGACAGCAACACCCAGAGAAUCAUAACCAAACAGGACUGGGUGGACCAGGCCAACAGAGACAAAGACCCAGACUACCUGGAGAGUGAAACUGAAAGGAGAAAGGGUAACCAGCAGGGCUUCAAAGCCAACAUGGGGACUCUGAAGAAGCGCUUUAACCAGACAGGAGGUGCCCACAUUAUUCAGCAGAUGUAUGGUUGUGAGUGGGAUGAUGAGGAUGGUACUACUGAGGGUUAUGAACAGUGGGGUUUUGAUGGAGAGGACUUCCUAGCGUUGGACCUGAAGACCAUGACCUGGGUCGCUCCAGUGCGUCAGGCUCUCACCACCAAACUGAGAUGGGAUCACGAUACAGCUUAUAAUCAAUACUUGAAGAACUACUACACCAAGGAGUGUGUUGAUUGGCUGAAGCAGCUCCUGGCCUACGGGAAGAGCACUCUGCAGAGAACAGAGCGUCCGCGGGUGUCUCUGCUCCGGAGGAGCCCCUCCUCCCCAGUGGUGUGCCAUGCUACAGGCUUCUUCCCUGACAGGGUGGUGGUGUUCUGGAGGAGAGACGGCCAGGAGCUCCAUGAGCAGGUGGACCCCGGGGAGGUCCUCCCCAACCACGACGGGACCUUCCAGGUCAGUGUGGACCUGGACCUCACGGCCGUCCCGCAGGAGGACUGGGGGAGGUACGAGUGUGUGGUCCAGCUGAGAGGCAUCGAGGACAUCUCCACAACCCUGGACCCCGCCCAUAUCAUGACCAACGGGGGGGACAAGAGUCACAUCCUUGCUUUCAUCCUCACUGGUGUUGCUGUUGUUGCUACUGUUGCUGUUGUUGUUGGAGUCUUUCUGUACCGGAAGAGGAACGAUUCAGAAAAGUGUCACAAACCAGUUGAUUCUGACACCAGCUCUGAGAACACUGAGGGGCAGAAACUGGCUCCUGAGUACCAACCUCUGUCCACAGGUCAAAGUUAAAUCAUGAAGAGGCUUCUCACGUUCAGCUUCCUAAACCAGGAUGGAGUGGAUCGCGGUUCAUUUAUAAUCCUUACUAUCAGGCUUGGGACUUCAGUUAACUGCAGGUUCUGCAUUUGCUAAAUUACAAUAUUCAUGCUUAACUUUAUUUUGAUAACAAUCAUCAAUCUGUAAGAAGCGUAAAUCAAUUAGAUCUCUCUAUUUGUGAUAGAUUUGAUUAACUCACUGGCUAAAACCUGCAAUCUUUCACUGACGCUUGGAAACCAUGGCAACACGACCUCGCCAUGAUGGCCAUUUGGAUCCCGCCGCUUCACGUUACAACCUUUUAAUUAUGUUAUAUUGUUUGGUAAUAUUUAAGUUUAAAAUAAUGUUCAAAGAUUCUGAAUCAAGAUUUUGGACAGUGAGAUUCUGUCAAGUUUCAAUACCAUAAUCGAUUAAUUUAAUGUGUUUCAUUAAAAUAUAUUAUUUGAGAGUUCUGCUAGAGCAUUGCAUAGUCUACCAUAAUCGUACUAGGCUGCUUUUGCCUCAAUGCUCUUUGUUGUAUUUUCUGUGUUCUUUUGGGAAUUGGAUAGUAUACUUGGGUUAUUCUGUCAAUAAAAUACAUAAAAAUAGUUUUAGCCUAUAUAUAUUUAAUAUACUUAUCGUUAGGGAAGGUUUACAUACUUUGUUCAGAGGUUAUGUUUAUUAUUAAAGGUUGUUAGGUUAAAGGUAAAUCGUUAAGAUUAAAUUGACAAAUAUAAAUGAAAUUUAAUUAAAAAUACAGAAAUUAAUAAUGCUAAAUUAUUAUCUUAAGUUUGAAAAAAAUUAGAAGCGAUAAGCUACGUAAAUCAACAGUAAAGUAUGUGAUAUGUUCAUGUUCUGCCAUGUUCAUGCGCGUUGCUAGUACGUCACCAACUUGGCAACUCUGUUAUCAAAAUCUGACCCCAGUUGCCGAAAAGAAGUAGAAUAAUAAGAGGGUCUUGAAGUGUUGUCGCGAAAAUGUUUUCCCCAUAAUUCCCACUUCUCCGGGGCUAAGAGGCCUGUCAGAUUAGCUGGGCAAUCUCCAGCCUUCAAUUAUGAGGGAGGGUGAUCGCGGGCGAGUGGAAUUCCCUCACCCCCCCCCCCCCCCCCCGGUCCUGCACUCAACUCAUAUCCACCCAGAACACCUCUAUCUCUCACUCUUCUCCCCCUCUCACUGAGAGCAAGGCGGGAGGGAUACAAUGGCGACACACACUAGGGCUGUCAAAACGAACUUCGCUAUUCGAAUAUAAUUCGAAUUUUUUAAAAAGGAGAACAUUCGAGUGCGGCAACUAACGUUCGAACUUUUUUUUAUUUAUUUUUUAGCAAAUCUUAUUGACAAGUCAAGAAUUACAUUUAACUUUUGCCGAGCAACGACGCAAAUGAAAGUCAACGUCGUGCGUCGUGACGUUCGGCAAUCGGCAUUGUAUGCUUACAAGAUGCUGGGAAGCAGCGCGCGAGCAGACACAGAGAUGGAAAGCAUAACUUUCGGAUUUCCAUCGAGAAACGGGAAGAUUACAUCCAGAGAACCCGUCAUUUGCAAAUUAUGCUGCAAGUCGUUAAAGUACCACUCGACUACGAGCAACAUGAGCGCACACCUCCAUUCAGUGCAUUACUCGGAGUACGCAGAACAGUUAGCGGCUGAGGAAGAGCCACGGUCAAAACAGCCAAGAAUAACAUCGUAAAAUAGCAGUGUGUGUGUGUGUAUUUGAAUGAUUGAACAUCAGCUUCUUCAUUAAACAUCAUUGCUUGAAUAUUUCUGGCGUUAUAUCUUACGUAUUUAUAUAAGUUUUGUAUUGAUUUGGUAAAACUUGUUGCAAAUGUUACAUAACAGAUUUGGUUGACGCGCCCUCUAGUGGACGCGGGACGUAGGCCUAAUAAUAGGAUGGUAUCGGUGUAUAUAAUGAUAUAAUAAAAAAAACAUUAAAAUAUUCGAAUAUUAUUCGAAUAUUCAACAUAAGAAGCAUUAGAAAUUCGAAUAUGAUUUGAGGGGAGGAUUGACAGCCCUAA